UGCACUUUUGCCUACCCAUAAGUAGAGUAGUAUCGAGAGAGGGAGCAAGAUAUUUUCUAUCAACUUUACCAGUGAAAUCAGACCAUGAUCGACUUCCGACUCUCUACUGAGGGAAGGGAUCCUAUGCCGUUAUUGAACAUCAUCGACUGAGCUGUGUUCGAUUCCUCGUUCCAACAUUGUCAGGCAGCCAACAAUCGAUUUGGUGGUCUCCUGUGUUCUUGCACAGGAGUAGUCUAGGGUCGUACUAUAGGUCUGGGGCCGGGUGUUACAUUAACCGUCGAAGCAGACACGUCGAGACCUGCUUCCACUCACGCUGGUCGAAGUUCUACACUUUGCCGGAAAGCUCGAAUCGGCCGAUUCGCCUCUAUAAUACUUUAAUUCUUUUCCGUAGACAGCAUUACCCUACUGCUUCGUGCCCUUAAAUGGGUGUUCCCCUUGCCCGAUUUCGAGUCCCGUCCUGCGUGGCUGCACCAUCCAGCCUCCCCCUGCCCGCUGGCUGAAUCGCGGUCUUCUGAUUUUCAGUAGGCUCUCUUUGUCUUCCGAAAUCACAAUCUCAAACAACAAAACUGAAUAAAAAAAAGGAAAAAAAAAGGAAAAGAGUCAAAAGAAAGAAAGAGGGAGGAGAAGUAACUACGCAGACGGAUCUGCUCCAUCGAGGAGAAGGGGAUGAGAUGUGAGCGGCAACGACGAGCAACGAGCCCGAAGAGAAAGAGACGAGUGGUGAGCGUUGGUGACGGUCAACCAAGUGCGAAGCCAGAUCAAAGAACCAAGAAAGAUGGGAGAAGCUGGUGCGAAGUUUGGUGCGAUUCGAGCGAGCAGAGUUGUUACGAUGCGAAGCGAAGAAAGCCGGUUGUACCGUGAGCUGUAAAGCCGGUUGCCGGUUGUACCGUGUAUUUUACUAAAGAAAACCAUCCUCAAAAGUGCUGGACGCACCUCACUUUUUUCAAAACCUGACAUAUUUGUACCCGAAAGUAACAAUUUUUAUUUUCUUUCAUUAAUUUAAAGAUCAAAGUUUCAAAAUUCAUGUUGUUGGGAAAUCCAUCUCCCUUCUCGGAACCGGAGUGUGGAGAUGCCGCAGCAUUUGGCUCCAACGAAGAAGACCCUUCGAAACUCCUCACUGUUCCAACAGCAACCGGGGGGGUUAGACACAAGUGUCCGGCAUGCUUUAAGCAAUACAAGAAAAAGGAGCAUCUGGUUGAGCACAUCAAUACUUCUUACCAUUCUGUUCAUGAUCCCAAGUGUGGGGUAUGCCAAAAGCAUUGCAAAUCAUUUGAAUCCCUGCGGGAACACAUCAUUGGCCCCUUGUCCAAAGCUAGCUGUUCAACAAUAUUUGCAGAAAGAGGUUGUUCUUUGUGUUUGAAAAUAUUUGACUGUUCCGAUUCCUUAAGCCAGCAUAGAGAUAUAUGUUGCCUUCCAGCUCCUGCGCCUCUGGGAACAAUGGGGGUUCCUUUUACAGAAAUUGAAAUUGACAAUUCAUCUCUAAGUGAUGUGGAUGGAUAUGGAAGUGGAAGAGAAGCAGUUGCCAUGGAUUGCGCAAUUGUAGGCGGGGGAAGUGAUGGAUCGCUCGAUCUUUGUGCUAGGGUUUGCCUUGUCAAUGAAGUUGAAAAGAUAUUUUUCCACAGCUAUGUUAUACCUGAGAUUUCUAUAACUGAUUAUAGGUAUGAAAUCACGGGAAUUAAAGAAGAACAUAUCAGAGAUGCAUUGCCACUUGUGGAAGUGAGGGAGAAGAUUCUGGAGAUUCUUCAUAAUGGAGAAUCCAUUUGGAAAGUGAGAAUGGGUGGUGGAAGAGCUAAGGUUCUUGUAGGGCAUAACCUUACUCGUUUCUUACAAUGCCUGGGAAUGUACUAUCCUGACGAUUUACUUAGAGAUACUGCUAAGUACCAACCUUUGGCAAAGACAAAUUUUUUCAGCCACACUCUCAAGUAUCUUACCAAGACAUAUCUGGGGUAUACCAUUCAUGAAGGGGUACACGACACAUAUCAAGACAGCGUCACAACGAUGAGGCUGUAUAAGAGAAUGAGGUUCCAAGACCACCAUUUGGAUCAGAAUGUAACCUCGGUGGCCCCGCAAGACUCCAUGGGCUUCAGUUUAUUCAACUCAAAGCAACUAGAAAGCAUGACACCUAGCGAGCUUCUUGAGAUGUCUAAGGCGAACUACCAGUGUUGGUGCCUGGAUUCAAGAAGAAAAUGAUCUCUGCGAACCGUUUCUUAGUGUGCGAAUAUUGCACUGCAGUAUGCUUAUAGUUGAUCAAUCCUCAUGAUUAUGAUAAUAUUUUCAAAUACGUAAUUAGUAAACCCUGCAAUGUGUGAACUAGUAGCCAGUCCCGUUUCAAGUGACUAGCUCCAACUCACAGACGCUAAUGCAGUUCGUGAUAGCACUAGACCUAGAUGUUGGAUUGGACCAGUGAAUAACCAGACCAACAGCCUGUUUUUAUGACUCUGGACAGGAACCAGUAUCUGGAACGAUCAAAAUGGGUUCAGGAUCCCCCAAAAUAGGCCUGUACUGGUUUCCAGCCCCUGUUCUUUUUAAAUAUUUAAUUAGGCUGAAACUGGAAUCAAAUAGGGACCGGCCGAUAAUGGAUUAAGCCUCCUUGGGAUCUAGAAUCAGUUGAUCUAGAAUAAAAACUGAACCUGGUCCACACCUAGUUAACCACAAUAUUGUGGGUAGAAAAUCCACUUGCCUCUAUUUCAGCCUAAUUUGUUCAAAGUGUAGUUUAAGACUUCAAGUUGCUAUAGAACAGAUAAUAUAAUCGGUUUAAGAAGCUUUACUCAUUGUUCAAAAGUUACCAAAUUUCAG